CUGAAAUGGACUCUCCUCCUUCAAGUCCUUCUAUGUUGGCAGAGGCUGGGGUAUGCGGAACACAGAUGAUUACACCAAAAGCAAAAAGGAGCGAGUUACACACCGAAGGUUCUCAAAGUACUCAAGAAGGCGAAUUAAUUCCCGAAAUAUUUCCAGAAGAAACAUUUCCAGAUUCACAAGAGAAUAGACCCGGAACCAAAAAGCAGGUUAAUGAAUUCAGUUGUGAUGCAAGCGUUCGUCGGGCAGCCCAGGAUUCAGAAGGCACAAGUCCUGACGAUAUUUUACCGAAGAUGAAAUCGCUGUAUAAAGUAUGUCUGGAUAUGAAGACCACCGUUUGUUCCAAGGAAAGCUUGCACGCGGUAUUGUCAGCGAAAGAGUUCCUUCGAAAAGCACAGCAGAUAGUGUCAUCAGCCGUGGCAAGUAGUAGUCAAACUGGUAAAUAUACCUCUGAAAGGGAUAAUCGAAUGGACGACAUGGACGCUAUCUGCAGCAUAUCUCAGAACAUUAACUCACUCGCUGCAGAAUUGCAGGAAGACUUGGAGACUAAAGAAGAACAUUUUUCUAGAACCGCAAACGGCUCUCAACAGGAUGGCCGAAGAGUCACUCAAGUGCGUGGAAUUAGGGAGCCACUCUGUGAUGCGAAUUUGGACGCAAUGCUUUCAACCUGGACUGGGAGUGUGCAUGUUAGAGACACUCAUUCGGACUGUUGUAAAGUGACCCAGAUUCAAUUAUCACAAUUGACUGCCAAAACUGACGUUAUGGUAGCCUUGGCAAAAAGUGCGCUAGACUUAUAG